AUGAGAAUACCCGGACAAGCAAGUUUUCUGAUUGAGGAACAUUCAGGCUACCUUGUUGGAGACUCGCUGACCUGGGUUGAUCUGCUUGUGGCUGAAAUGGCCACAUGGACGAAAAAGUUCCCAACUCUUUACGACGGCUUCCCUGAGGUAAAAGCCCAUGCAGAAAAGAUCCGCUCGAUUCCUGCACUGAAGAAAUGGAUCGAAACUCGUCCUGAUACUGUUCUCUGA